AUGGUGAACCUCCCUGCGAGCACGACACAGCACAUGGCAGAUUUCUCAACUUGCCUCGUCGACCACAUCAUGACUGCCAGCCACCACAAUACCCCCACGUACGAGAAGGACAAUGCCGCCACGACCGCUGUGCUCCAUAUCAAGGAAUGGAAGUACGCCAGGGCGGCCACGGGAUCGUACGUGGAAUUCACCGUCGUCAUCAACGAAACCCGUGCGGUGACGUCACCCCACCGUAACAUCCGCGUGAUCCAGAAACGUUAUGCGCAGUUCGCGGCGCUGCACGAAGCACUGAUAGACCUCGGAUUCGCCUUGCCGAAGAUGCCGACGGGGGACUUGUGGACAAACGUCCUGAUCAAGCUGACCCCACAUGCAGUCUUGGAUCGACGGCGCGGCGAGCUCCAGAACGUGCUCACAUGCAUCAGCCAGUCCCAGCAAAUGCAAUCCACGGCACCCUUCCGUGAGUUUGUGGCCACCAACACGUCUGCAAUGAACUACACGUCGCUUCGGGACGCCCAAUUCACGCCAAGCCACCAAAUCACCCGACAAGAAACCAAGUGACCUCGUUGCUUUACACCACCUUAAUCUAAUGACCUUCCCGACACAACUUGCCUGAACUUGGACUGUGGAAUCCUCAGCCCAUUUUCCACAGUGUGGAUAGUAUCGAUGAUGCACCUGCUACUGGAACCGGCGCACCAUUGAACAUGCACAGCGGACAUCGGAAUUGUUGCUACGUACCACCACCAACGCAGAAUACUCAACAACUUGACCAUGUGUCUUGUACUGGGGAACAUCGCCCCGAUGAAGCUGCUGCAGCACCCCAGCGCGUUAUUCACCUGAAGGAACCAUCUUUCCUGGGGACUAUGUACCCUGGUUUGGAAAUGCGGAGAAAUCAAUGUCGAAUUACUACACCACUUUUGAAAUGAAUUUCCAGUCAAUGUGAAAUGAACACGUUCGAAACACGACGAUUUUCAAAUCAACAUGAAUACUUGAAA